CACUUUAAACAAUCAUUUAAAUACGUAUUACCUCAUUGAGUGUAUAUUUGAAAAAAUAAUCUUCUAUCAAAAUGUUGUUUUUCCUAUUAUUCAAUAUAAUAUUUGCAAUAAUUUCAGCUACGGCUGGCAAUGAUUGUGAAAUAGAAAACUUCGAUCAAGUAGAAUCGAUAGUGAAGAGUUGUACAGAUAUAACAAUAAAGAAUCUGGUUGUACCUGCUGGAAUAACCCUAGAACUUGAUUUAAAAGAAGGUACCACUCUUACUUUUACGGGUGUAACAACUUUUGAACAUACUCCUUGGUCAGGACCACUUAUUAGAUUAAGAGGAAGUAAAAUUACUGUCCAAGGAACUCCAGGGUCUCUAUUAAAUGGACAAGGUGAACUUUACUGGGAUCAUAUAGGUGAUAAAGGACCAAAGAAACCACAAUUUAUGAAAAUUGAAGCUUUUGAUGGGUCUGUUAUCAAAAAUUUGAAUAUACUCAAUUGUCCACAUCAUUGCAUUUACAUUGGAAGAUCAGAUGGGCUGACCAUUAGUGGAUGGGUCAUAGAUAACUCACUUGGGGAUCAAAAUAACUUCACUGGACAUAAUACUGACGGUUUCGACGUUUCCGCAGCUACAAACUUAAUCAUAGAAAAUACUUCAGUAAUAAAUCAAGACGAUUGUGUGGCUAUCAGGUAUGGUUCCAACAUCCUAGUAAGAAAUAUGUAUUGCGCUGGAGGUCAUGGUCUCAGUCUAUCGGCAGGUUUUAACUAUACAUCUUACACAGAAAACACAGUCAAAAAUGUGACAAUCAGAGAUUCGGUCAUUGUUAGAUCAGCAAAUGGUAUACACGUAAAAACGCAUGCCGAUGCGUAUAAAGGUCUCAUAGAAGAUGUGACGUAUGAAAAUAUUUAUCUAUCGGGUAUAACCAAUUUCGGUGUAAACGUUCAACAAGAUUAUAUCAAUGGUAGUUCCAGUGGUGUUCCUAACAACAACAUUCCAAUUCACAAUCUCAAAUUGAUAAAUAUACAGGGAAAUGUUCUAAGUACAGAAAGUAAUAACGCCAUGAAAGUAUAUAUAUUAUGUGGAAAUAAAGGUUGUGAAGGUUGGGAAUGGUCAAAUGUCAAUAUCACUGGUGGUGCUCAUUCCAGCGUUUGCAAUUACAUUCCAGCGGGAUAUGAAUGCUAGAAAAAGAUUAUGUAUUAUCAGUUAUAUGAAAAAGAAUAAGAAAUAAAAUUUUUCAGAACUAAAUUUUA